AUGCAAUCCUCCUCUCGUCUUUCAACCCCUGCUUCCUCGGCAUUUACAUUGAAAAACGAGACAGAUCGACUCGCAUUGCUCGCAUUCAAAGAUGGUAUUUCUGAAGAUCCUCUCGGAAUUUUGAGUUCAUGGAACGAUUCUCUCCAUUUCUGCGAAUGGGUGGGAGUCACCUGCAGUCGCCGCCAUCAUCAAAGGGUCACGAGCUUGAACUUCAGGGACCACAGCUUGGUGGGCCACUUAUCACCUCACAUUGGAAAUCUCUCUUUCCUGAGAAGAAUCGAUCUCUCCACCAACAAAUUUCGAGGCAAAAUCCCUCAACAAAUCGGCCAUUUGUUCCGUCAUCAGAUUCUCAACCUGACUGAUAAUUCACUCCAAGGAGAAAUUCCAUCCAAUCUGAGCCACUGCUCAGAACUCAUAGCCAUUCACAUCGAGCGGAAUCAGCUCGUUGGAGAGCUUCCUGCUGAGCUUGGUUCUUUGCCAAAGCUCAUUGCUCUUAACCUCCGCAUCAACAAUCUCAGUGGAAGCAUCCCACCUUCGUUGGGGAACCUUUCCUCUCUUACGACUCUUCUUCUAACAUCUAACAAUUUCGAUGGUCAAAUUCCAAACCAGCUUAGUCAAUGGGCACGCAUUAUCUUUUUGCAAUAGCUGCAAAUCAGUUAUCAGGUACGAUUCCACCUUCGAUUUAUAAUCUCUCAUCCAUCCAAGUGUUUAGUGUGGCAGCUGACCGGCUACAUGGAAGCAUUCCCCCCAACCUAGGCCUUGUGUUUCCACACCUGCAACAGAUUUCUGUAGCUAUGAACCAAUUCACUGGAACGCUGCCAAUUUCAUUGUCCAAUGCUUCAAGUCUCGAAUUAGUUGAUUUUAGCUCCAACAGUUUUCGUGGACAUGUGCCUUUGAAUCUAGGAAGUCUUUCGGGUCUCUACCUUUUCAAUAUAGAGAAAAAUCAGCUUGGAAGCAGAGAAGGUGAUGACCUGAGCUUCCUCACUUCACUGACCAACUGCACCAAUUUAAAAGUCCUAUCUGUUUAUUUUAAUAAUCUCUCUGGUGAGUUGCCCGGCUCCAUUGCUAAUCUCUCGACACAGCUAGAGAUUCUGUUUCUACGAGACAACGAGAUAUUUGGAACUAUUCCCCAAGGAAUUGAGAAUCUUGUCAGCUUGUAUGCUCUGCAUCUGGGAGAGAAUUCCAUGAAGGGUACUCUUCCAGAUGCUAUUGGGAAGCUUAACAAGUUGCAAGCCUUGAAUCUCCGUCGAAAUAAAUUUUCAGGGCAAAUCCCACCUUCAAUUGGCAACAUCACUCGAUUGAGUAUUCUCCUCUUGGAUGGAAAUGAUUUCCAUGGAAGCAUACCGUCGAGUUUUGGAAAUUGGGGAUUUUUGGAACAACCGUUCAUUUCUCAAAACAAAUUCAAUGGUACCAUACUCAAACAAGUUGGCGCAGUUAAAAUCAACAUAUCUGGUAACUCAUUCACUGGGAAUCUCCUGCUGGAAGUUGAUAACUUGGAAAAUAUUAGUGAAAUGGACGCCUCAG